AUGCGGGACUACGACGAGGUGACCACCUUCCUGGGCGAGUGGGGGCCCUUCCAGCGCCUCAUCUUCCUUCUGCUCAGCGCCAGCAUCAUCCCCAACGGCUUCAACGGUAUGUCAGUCGUGUUCCGCGGGACCCCGGAGCACCGCUGCCGGGUGCCGGACACCGCGAACCUGAGCCUCGCUCGGCGCAACCACAGUCUCCCGCUGCGGCUGCAGGACGGCCGCGAGGUGCCUCACUAUUGCCGCCGCUACCGCCUCGCGACAAUCAUCAACUUUUCGGCGCUCGGGCUGGAGCCGGGGCGCGACGUGGACUUGGAGCAGCUGGAGCAGGAGAGCUGCCUGGAUGGCUGGGAGUUCAGCCAGGACGUCUACUUGUCCACCAUUGUGACUGAGUGGAAUCUGGUGUGUGAGGAUGAUUGGAAGACGCCGCUCACCACCUCCCUGUUCUUCGUAGGCGUGCUCCUUGGGUCCUUUGUGUCCGGGCAGCUGUCAGAAAGGUUUGGCAGGAAGACCAUCCACUUCAUAACCAUGGCUGUGCAGACUGGCUUCAGCUUCCUGCAGAUUUUUUCCAUUAACUGGGAGAUGUUCACCAUAUUAUUUGUCAUCGUCGGCAUGGGCCAGAUCUCCAACUAUGUGGUGGCCUUCAUACUAGGAGCAGAAAUUCUUGGCAAGUCAGUUCGUAUUAUAUUCUCUACGUUAGGAGUGUGCACAUUUUUUGCAGUUGGCUACAUGCUGCUGCCACUGUUUGCUUACUUCAUCAGAGACUGGCGGAUGCUGCUGCUGGUGCUGACUGUGCCGGGGGUGCUGUGUGUCCCACUGUGGUGGUUUAUUCCUGAAUCUCCCCGGUGGCUGAUAUCCCAGAGAAGAUUUAAAGAAGCUGAAGAUACCAUCCAAAAAGCUGCAAAAGUGAACAACGUAGCUGCCCCAGUCAUGGUUUUUGAUCCUGUGGAGGUAAACAUAGUUUCUGUGCUUAAGGAGCAGAGAAUCCAUUCUUUUGUCAUUUUUGUCUUUUUUCUUUUGACUUUCAGGAUGCUAACCUCAGUAGGUUACUUUGUUCUGUCUCUCAACACUCCUAAUUUACAUGGCGAUGCCUACCUGAACUGUUUCUUCUCUGCCUUGAUUGAAGUUCCAGCUUACAUUACAGCCUGGCUGCUACUUCGAACCCUGCCCAGGUGUUAUGUCAUAGCUGGAGUACUGCUUUUUGCAGGAGGUGUGCUUCUCUUAAUUCAAUUGGUACCUGCAGAUUACAACUUCUUGUCCAUUGGUCUGGCCAUGUUAGGAUAAUUCGGGAUCACUUCUGCCUUCUCCAUGCUGUAUGUCUUCACUGCAGAGCUCUACCCAACCCUGGUCAGGAACAUGGCUGUGGGGAUCACGUCCAUGGCCUCCAGAGUGGGCAGCAUCAUUGCUCCCUACUUUGUUUACCUUGGUGCUUACAACAGAGUUCUGCCCUACAUCCUCAUGGGAAGCCUGACUGUCCUGAUUGGAAUCAUCGCCCUUUUUUUCCCUGACAGUUUUGGAAUGACUCUACCAGAGACCUUAGAGCAGAUGCAGAAAGUGAAAGGGUUCAGGUUUGGGAAAAAAACAAAAGAUUCCAUGGAGAAAGAAGAAAAUCCCAAAGUUCUAGUAACUUCAUUCUGAUAAAAAUUUCUACUCUAUUUGGUGGGAGUGAAAAACAGAUUCAUAAGAUUAAGAAGAAACUAGAGCCUUUCCUGAUGAA